UAUGAAAAGUACGGCUGUUUCGACCAGCGACCGCCUUUUAAUAAUUUGUUGGUAUGGCUUCCCCGUCCGCCGUCUGCUGUUGGGACUAAGUUUUACCUGUAUAUACGAGGUUCAGCAGAGGAGAUCCGACUGUCAUUGAUGACAACGAUGAAGAAAAACUGAAGAGCUCUAACUUUGUCAUAGCCAGAAGGACUAUAUUGAUUGUUCAUGGUUAUUGGGGUAACUAUAGGUCUAUUUGGGUAAAUUAGAAACUGGUUGAAGAAACGGAGAUGUUUUGCAUAGACGAAACCGGUCAGAAAUUCGAAACCAAAUUCGUAUCCAGACUAACUAUCCAUAGUCGAAGAGAAACUUACUUCAGCAUUUGUUAUAGUGUACGUAUCACGCUUCUGGAGUACACUGGUUUAACACGAAGGGGGCUUUUACGCCUCGUCAGUGACACGAAGAUUUUGUUUUAUGCACUUGGACCACCAGGAAAGGUGGCUUGUUACGAUAUAAUCAAAACGGCAUACACCCACCAUACCUGUAAAUCAAAUUGUGGGACAGUGCGUUUGCCUCAUCAAAUUAUAUUUAAAAAGCGUAUGGUAACAGAAAUAAGGAAGGUUUUUUUGCACAUUUAAGCGGGCAAUUUGUGGACGUUAAGGUGGCUCGAUAGGGUUUUUCGGGGUCAAUAUCUCCAAAAUUUUGAGCAUAAACUACUUCGCCAUUAACAAAGAUUUGGAAAAAUCACCACAACAGCUGUGUUAGAUAAAGGUGAAAAUUUGUCUCGAUCAGGUUAAUGACAUCAGAGUUGUCAUAGCAACGAAAUGACGCCAUUGUCUAUUUUACUUGCUGCCGUAUUUCUCGGCACUGGGAACUUUUCUUCCAAAAUCGUCAUCUUAACUGUAUGAGUGUCUACUGUUAAGACAAUAUAUUUUCCUUUUAUUAUUCCACUUCAAUUCAUUCCAGAAAGUCAAGACGGCUACGCUGGCAACUCCUGGCUUAAAAAACUAAAAGACGCGCUGCUUAAACGUGAAGACUGCAACGUCAUUUUGGUUGACUGGUCCAGAGGGGUUUCGUUCCCCUACAUGCAAGCCUCUGGAAAUACUAGGCUUGUAGGGGCUCAGAUAGCUAUGCUUAUAAAGUUCCUGAUUUCUACAAAUGCUGGUUCUCCUGAUUUGGCUGAUCGAUUCUACAUUGUGGGGUUUAGUCUCGGGGCACAAAUCGCCGGAUACGCUGGGACAAAUUUGCGGGGCCAUGGCAUGAUGCUCGGUCGAAUAACGGGUAAGCGUGCUUUGCUUAAUGGUCAGGGACCGGUAUCUCGACAAAAUUGCUGAUAAUUUAUGGGCUCGGAAAGCUGUUGUUGUUUACAUUCAAAAUAGGGAUCUCAAAAGGUUUUUCAGAUGAGAUGAUAAAAGCUGAUAAAAGUGUCAGUUGGCAAAACAAAAAGGACUGGCUUGUUAGCUAGGAUCAUUGCUCUUAUUCUUCAGAUUUUGGUCCCGAGAAGGGUUUAUUUGGCUACCAUAAAGGGAGUUUUCUAUUGACAUGUACCCUUCAAUUUUGUUGAAGUGAUAUGACCGUGAUUAAACAGCCGAAUGCUUGAACAUGUAAAUGUAAUACGCAGAUCCAUUUGUAACUCAACCCAGUUAAUUUGGCAUAAGGUGUUUUAGGGCCAAGUCGCACUAGAGGGCAAUUUUACAUUUGUUCUGGACAAAUUCGACUUGAAAUCGGCCAGUGACAAAAAAUUUGUCCGGAGAGCUACAGUCGCACUUAAGAACAAAAUCUGUGAACAAAACACAACACCAUGCUGUGAGAGCCUUGUGAUUUCAGCCCACAGUUGAACUAAAAGCAGCUCCUCUUCUUUAAUCUGUCCUGAGCCUUCUUGUUCUCGGCUGACGAAGAUGCACGACGCGAAGAAGAUGGGGUUGAUGCCGGCAUUGAGCUAUCUUCGCUGAACUGGAGGGAUUCUGGCAACGAGUCAGUACUCGUGGUCGAAGGAAAUGGGCUGGGAUUUCCUCGAUCAUUAAACAUGUAAGGGCCUGCCAAAGGAUAGAUCCAUCCUGGUGGAUAUUGUGGAUAUUCGUACGGAAAAAAUUGGUCGCCCGCGCCGGGAUUCAUGUUGUUGCGAAAUGUGAACGUGAUUAAUUUUACAACGAAGUUUAUAGCAUAGAGACUCUGCUACAUAUCACCUGUCAAAUCAUUUCCGAAUUAAAACACACUGGCUAUUGUUUUCCAAAAUUUGUCUCAAUUUGGCCUGCUCCAGAGGUAGUCGACGGCAUCUUUGAAGUUUGUCCGUCUGCGACCAAAUUUUGUCCUUUGGUGAACAAACCGGUCGCACUUGGUUUUUCAUUGUGAUGACAGAUUUUUGACAUAAAUAAACAGUUUUGUCCUCUAGUGCGACUUGGCCCUAACUCUUAUCUCUGUUUGGAGAGCGGAGGAAGUUUUUAGCUAUAGAUAAUUCUCUUUUGUGGCAAAUGAUUUCUCGAUUCGGAAAGGAAUUUGAACCUACUUAUCCAAGAAUAUUUUUGGGCGUAUAUAGGUUUAGAUCGUGCGGGACCAUACUUUAGCUACACAGACCCUGAGGUUAGACUCGAUCCUAGCGACGCUCGUUUUGUUGACGUCAUUCAUACAGACGCAGGUCUUCUUGGAAAUUCACAAAACGUCGGGGAUGUUGACUUUUAUCCAAACGGAGGGUCAAGACAACCUGGUUGUUAUUUUGGUUUUAUUGGUAAGCUUCAAAUUAUAGUUUUAAUAUAGGGUGGUAGCUAGCAGGAGGCAAGACGAGGAACUUGUCUUGUCAGGUUUUAGCCCAUUCAUACAUGUGCAUGCCCCCCAAACCCUCGUGUUACUUGCGCUUUCAGCAUUGGAGCUCCGCGUUUAGGUAUGACUGUAAAUAGAUAUAAUUAUAGAAACUUUUAGUCGCCUGCAGCAGAGAUAGCCCAAUGAAAAUCAUCCCUCGUCUCUUUUUCCUUAUUUUCAAAAACCAACACUUAAAAACAACACUUAAAAACCAAAACUUAAAAACCAACACUUUCAAAUUCCAAUUCGAUCUGGAACGUACGGACACGUUUCAACGAGUUCUUCUGAACUCCUUAAUGAUCCGUGGGUAAACAAAUUACAAUUUACAAUUUACAAAUUUUACAAAUUUACACUUUACAUUUUUUUUUUCAGAUCUCAUAAGAAAGGUAUCCUGUGAUCAUUAUAGAGCUACAUAUUUCUACGUUGCAACGGUGAAAGAAGAAAACCGAUUGCAAUGCCCUUGGGAAGCCUACCCAUGCAGAAGUGUUCUGGACUUUAAGAAUGGUAACUGCCGAAAGUGUAAUGGAGAAUGUCCUACAAUGGGAUACCGCGCUGAUGAGACUAAACAGACAGGGACUUUCUACUUAAAAACAAACAGCAAAGCUCCAUUUUGCGGUGAGCAAAUC